AUGAAUGUUCUUUCGAGCAUACUCAUUUAUUUUCCACUCAAUUGCUUUAAAAACGCUACCCCACUUCCACCCUUCACCGAAUGUACACGGCGAACAUUUGUGAACAUGCUCGGGCCUGUUUUUAUCGCUCCGUAUCGUAACCCUUUAGCACGCGGCUGGGUCGAUACUCAGCGACAAAAUACAGGCGGGAAAUUCAAACCAUGCUCACAAAUGUUGUGAUGUAGAGAAUAAUCCCUAAAAAAUAAUUUCUUGCAGCAAUGUCCGCAGUUCAGCCAGUCAACCCAAAGCCGUUUCUCAACAGUCUCACUGGAAAGGCGGUCGUGUGCAAGCUGAAGUGGGGAAUGGAGUACAGAGGUGAGUACCUGAAAGUACAUCAGGCUGUGACUGUAGUUCUGUUUCAGGAGUCCUGGUCGCCGUCGAUUCGUACAUGAACCUUCAGCUGGCCAACGCCGACGAGUACAUCGACGGAAACAACACCGGAAACCUCGGAGAGAUUCUCAUUCGGUUUGUUCAGCAGACUAUGAGUCUUGGAAAUUUAGUAUCUUAUAAUUUCAGGUGCAACAACGUGCUGUACGUGGGCGGUGUUGAUGGAGAAACGGAGACGACUGCAUAA